UAUUGGCUUUACACGUUAUACCUUGAAGCAAUCUACUAACUGGAUAUGAUACGUUUGUGACCUAAAAGUAUUUUGUUAAAAUAGUGAAAAAUGAAGUUACAAAUUCUGCUACUCAUUCUUUUAACAGUAGCAGAUAAAAGUUAUACAAGUACAUCAACAAAUAUACAAAGUACCACAGGAGAAGAAGCCACUGAAAGUCACACAAAUGAACUGACUAGUGCCACUGAAAGCUCAUCAAAAGAAAUAUAUGAUACCACUGUUGCUGAUAGCAUUACAAGUGAGUCUAUAGUGACAUAUGGCACUAGCACAAGUGAAACCACAAGUAGUCCCGAUGAUGCCACCAGCAGUUAUACUUCAGAUACGUACAGCAUUAGCACAAGUGAAGACCAAGCCAUAAGUAGUCCUAAUGAAGCCACCAGCAGUUAUACUACAGAUACGUACAACAUUAGCACAAGUGAAACCACAAGUAGUCCUGAUGAAGCCACCAGCAGUUAUACUACAGAUACGUACAGCAUAAGCACAAGUGAAGACCAAACCAUAAGUAGUCCUAAUGAAGCCACCAGCAGUUAUACUACAGAUACGUAUAACAUUAGCACAAGUGAAGCCACAAGAAGUUCUGAUGAAGCCACCAGCAGUUAUACUACAGAUACGUUCAGCAUAAGCACAAAUGAAGCCACAAGUAGUUCUGAUGAAGCCACCAGCAGUUAUACUACAGAUACGUACAGCAUAAGCACAAAUGAAGCCACAAGUAGUUCUGAUGAAGCCACCAGCAGUUAUACUACAGAUACGUACAGCAUUAGCACAAGUGAAGCCACAAGUAGUCCUGAUGAUGCCAUCAGCAGUUAUACUACAGAUACGUACAGCAUUAGCACAAGUGAAGCCACAAGUAGUUCUGAUGAUGCCAUCAGCAGUUAUACUACAGAUAAGAACAGCAUUAGCACAAGUGAAACCACAAGUAGUCCUGAUGAGGCCACCAGCAGUUAUACUACAGAUACAAACAGCAUUAGCACAAUUAAAACCACAAGUAGUCCUGAUGAAGCCACCAGCAGUUAUACUUCAGAUACGUACAGUAUUAGCACAAGUGAAGCCACAAGUAGUUCUGAUGAUGCCACCAGCAGUUAUACUACAGAUACGUACAGCAUUAGCACAAGUGAAGCCACAAGUAGUCCUGAUGAUGCCACCAGCAGUUAUACUACAGAUACGUACAGCAUUAGCACAAGUGAAACCACAAGUAGUCCUGAUGAUGCCACCAGCAGUUAUACUACAGAUACACAUAGUACUGUUACCAGUGCAGAUCUUGCCAUUGACUGCCCUACAACAAAUGGCAUCAACAGUUUUACUACAGAUGCGUAUCCCUCAACAACAGAUGGUGUCAACACAACACACAAUGGUACAGUUGAAGGAUAUUGGCUAGAAUGGAGUGACUGGGGACCUUGUAUGAACACUCCAGGAUCAGUGGACUCUUGUGAGGGAUAUCGUUCUAGACAAAGACAGCUUUACAGGACAGGACACUGGAUUAAGACAGAUGAACAAUGUCACACAUGUUAUUUUACAACUGAAAAAAUAAAUGGGAAUUAUUCAACCUGGACAGAAUGGGAAGACUGUUCCACUAAUUGUUUAGGGAAAACAAGUAGAUACAGAACAUGUGAUAACCCUUCACUGUGUAAUGGGGGCAGAAAUUGCAGCGUUCUUGGUGUAGAUACACUCACAAAGGACUGUGGUCUAGUAGAUGGUGGCUGGUCAACUUGGGGUGAAUGGUCUACCUGUUUUCCAGAGAAUAUGACAUCUGUUUAUGGUAUUGGGAAUCAUACAAGAUCACGUAACUGUUCUGAUCCUGAACCUGUCUGUUCAGGAGAACCUUGUGAGGGAAUCGCAAAUGAAACUGGUUUAUGUACAGUGAUACCUCCUUGUCUGACCAGUGAAGUGUUUGAUCAGAAUUAUUUGGCGGAAGAUUCCCCUAUGGUUGUUUACACAUCGGCUAAGGUUAUUAUUGAAGCACUGGCUCAGAACUUAUGUUUUACCAAUACAUCAAUAUUUUAUUCGUGGGAGCUAUUUAAAAGAAUGACGGAUAAUAACAGUACAGUCACAGAGAUCAAAGAAAACCGUACCAGUAGCUCUUUUUAUUUUUCUCUCAAACCACAUGACCUUAAACCCGGGUUAUAUCGUUUACAUGUCAAGAUCGGUUAUCCCGAAGACUUCACACACUGGAUGGGGGAAUCGAUGUAUCUAAAAAUAGAACAUCCUCCACCAAACACGUUUAUUAAAGGAGGAACAGGCAGAUAUAUUGGUGAAGGAUCUGUGACCUUGGAUGGAAAGUCAGGGUCAUACAGUUUGAAAAAUGGACCUGGAGAUCCAUCAGGUCUUGUUUUUGAUUGGGCGUGCUUGAACUUUGUCACAAACGACAUUUACAAACUACUUAGUUUCAAGAUUGAUCCAAUGUUUGUAUUUCUUGAACAGCAAAAUGUGGAGAAAUGGUACAAUACAGAUUUCUUACAAGAAGUAAAUGAGAAGUUAAACAGAAUUAACGCUUCAACUUUAUAUACACAUGUACAAUCCCUUGAUAAUGCUACUGGGAAAUUAACUGAUGAUUACAAUGUAACUAUACGAGAAAGAUAUAAGACAAGUUACGUAUCAGGUCAGGACGAUGGUUCGUCAGGAUAUGAUUCAUAUGUCAAUGAUAACUAUACAAAUUAUUAUUACUAUGUUAUAGAAACGAGACCCUUUCAGGAUUUCUUCAAUAUCAAAUAUAUGAAAGAACUGUACAAAGAUGUUCAACCAAAGAUAUUCAAGGAGAUAAUUCUACCAGAUGAUAACGAGGUAGUUAGGAAUGAGUAUAGUGAGCUAGUUAAUGACCUUUUCUAUGAGGGGUCUUUAUUUGUUGAACACUUAAUGGAUUUUCUUGACCUUCUUUCAGAUAGUUAUUUAACAAUGUUAGGCCUUUACAACUUUGAAGGUGUACCUAUAGAAGAUUUGACAACUAAUUCACCAUUUCUUAUAGUCCUAGAUGAUUGGUUAAGAACAAUUAAAGAUAUUCGUGAUGACCUUGAGCUGAUGAAUUCUACUAUUAAUACUUAUGCAUCUUAUGUUGACAUUAUGGAGAAGGGGUUACAACUAGCGGAUUAUAUCAAAAUGGAUGAUUUCCUACAGUUGUAUAUUAGGAAAACAGAGAACAAAUUUGAACAUUUCUACCUUGACUUUUUUAGAGAUUUUUACAACAUUAUGAUUAGAAUAGACCAAGUAGAUUGGAAUAGGUUAGAAAUGAUAGAGAAAAACUAUACCAAUUGGCUGAUUGGUUUAGUGGAUGACAAUCGAUGUGCCCACUUUAGUCCUAAGGCUGAUGGUUAUGCUGAGUUACAGGUACAGAGACAGGACGUGGUUAAUGGAGUUGGUUAUCUUAUAUAUCUGCGUGCCUACUUUGAAGGAUCGUAUGGAUACUUUGUACAACAUGCUCAGACUAUAGACGGAGAUCCACCAGAACUAGAAUUAGAAUGUCGUUUAAACUGUAUGAAGAAAACAGCAACUACGUCUAUACUGUCUCUGGUAGCAGUUUGUCCAUCCUGUACAAUGUCAGAACUGACGGAUGCAAAGUUCUCAUGGGAUUUCAAACAUUUCCCGAUUGAUACAAGGAAAGUGGCAGAUUAUCCUGACUGGCAAGACAUGAUGUUAUCAGAUACUAAGAACAGACGGUUUGUGAUGAAAGCAGGACUUGCACAGAACCAAGGUUAUAUUAUAGAGGCUACUAUUACCUUGCUGGGGGGAAGACUGAGUAAGAGUAUGUGGAUUGUAACCACCGAUUAUCUCCCUUAUGGAGGGUCUUGUCGUGUGGAACGUAGUUCUCAUUUUGCCGAUCAAUGGCAAGUGACAGCUAGUGGUUGGAAGGACGAAGGUUUUAGAGACAGAAGAGAUAAAAGGAUAGAUUGGAAAGAACACCUUAACUAUAGAAUAGACCAGGUCAACUCUGAGGACUCAUCUUUACUGUAUUAUGGGUAUGAAGCAUUCAGCCAUAUAAAGAUAAAACCUGGUUUAGAAGUUGACCUUUACACAGUUACAUUAGAAAUACAGAUUUACGAUAUAUUUAAAGAUUAUGCUACAUGCACUUUACAGAUUUAUAAUCUAAGACCUCCUCUUGCAGAUGCAGGUAACAUUGAGGAUAUCUCAGCUUACAUCAAAGACUCAAAUACAGAUAUAGAAUAUUAUUACCAAACAGGAAGUUAUAAACUGGUGGCAAUGAAUACAGAGGUGGCUGGAGCCACAGUAACUAAUUUGCACGUCCCAGUCACAGCUGUAGAUGUUGACCCCAGGGACUGGGUCAAUCUUGGAUACCAGGAGCAGUCUGACGGUACCACAAGACAGUAUAAUUUUGAUGAAUUGUGGGAAAUCUAUCAGAAUCCACCACAAGAAGACUCCACUGAUGUUAUACAACAUGCCUUGUCUAAUUUCUCUAAUAUACUUGAUAAAGUAUCAACUGAAAUGGAGGCUAAUUCUAUAACCAACAUACGACAAACAGUAACCAGUCUGGGAACAGUUAUAGAAAACAAGGAUUAUGUAAUCAACUCAUCGGCUUCCAAAGCCUUUGAGGGAAAUAGAAGGUUAAUUGAUAAAUUCAUCAACUUAAGUUCUACUGAUGCUUAUCCCAAGUAUGAAGAUUAUAUUUCAACAUCUGAAGGAAUAAUAAGAGUAUUAAGUAAUGCUUUAAAUGGAAUCUUACCAGAAAUGUCAGCAGACGUUCCAUCGUCAAUAGAUAUAUAUAUAUAUAUAUAUAAUGUCCUCCUAUGUUUCAGGAAUAAUAAGAGAAUAGUAAGAGUAUUAAGUAAUGCUUUAAAUGGAAUCUUACCAGACUUGUCAGCAGACGUUCCAUCGUCCAUAGAUAUAUAUACUCUACAACAUGAUCUCUCCUUUAAACAACAGUUUGCUAAAAACGAAACUAAUGGGACAGAUCUGGUUGACAUGACAACAAUGGAGAGAGCCUACAUAGCAACACAAAUAGCUCUGAAAAAACAACUUAAAUUAGAGGAUAAAAGUCAUGAUGUACAAAAUGAGACCCCAGGAAUAUUCCAAUCUUUAAUGUCCCUAGGGACUAUAUUAGAAAUGUUGAAUCACAGGAAACAGUUACCAGUCUAUGUGAAGAAAGAAGGAAUUAGUACCAGUAUGGAUAACAAGACUAUUCCAGAUAUACUGAAGGAUGGGAUUUCUCAGGACUCAGUCAACCUAGAAUUCACUACAUCUAGUGUAGAUAUUACUGAGGAACAGAAAGUUCAGAUCACAGUAUUUGAGAACAAUCCAUUUUCCUGGGAUAAAACAGAGUCUAAAUUUAUUUCUUCUAAGACCGUCUCUGUGUCAAUAGGCAAUGGUGAAAACAUGGUCGUACCUUCUAAAAUCAAGUUCCAAAAUUCUGUUGUGUCAUCUAAUAGUCUGACUGUCCAGAUAGCCAUCCCCUCUGAUGGAGAUUUUAGUCAGGAGAUCAUGUAUAAGAUGUAUUGGAGGAACGCUGAGGACAGUAUCAUAGUGGGUAUAGAUAAUGCAGAAAGUUCUCUCCAACAUAUUGUUUAUAUACAGAAAGAUGUUCCUCCUUCAGAGACGGUUUAUGAUUUAAAGAAGACGGUGGACUCUGGACAUUGGACAUCUACUGAAUCAUUUAGUGUGGUAAUUAGUGGAGGAUUAUACAAUGAGGCAGCUCUAAUUUAUAUCGGGAUAUUUAUAACAUCAGACAAUAAUUCUACUGCAACAUCCAGAAAGAGAAGGGCAGCCCUGGUGCAAAAUACUACUGUUAUAGAAUAUUCUGUCUUGGCUACUACUACAGGGUGUCGUGUGUGGGAUGAAGUGGCACAGCAAUGGGAGAAAACAUCUUGUCAGCCCUCACUGGAGUCAACAGUAAAUGAGACUGUCUGUUUAUGUAGUAAUCCACCAGGGAAUAACUUUGCCACAACGUUCUACGUGCCACCAAACACCAUUGACUUUGGUUCCGUGUUCUCUAAGUUUGACAUCAGUAACUCAGCUGUAUUGUUCACUGUAAUCAGUAUCAUAGUCCUGUUUCUUCUUAUAUCUAUCUGGGCUGUCAGACAGGACAAAAGAGAUCCAGAAAAGUGGGCCAUUUCCUAUUUAGUUGACAAUGCUCCCACAGAUGAAUAUCUAUAUAUGGUAACGGUAUACACAGGACUGAAUAGAAAUGCAGGGACUAAAUCUAAUGUCAGAUUUGUGAUUUCUGGGGAGAAAAAAACAACAGAGGUCAAAUAUCUAGAUGAUGGACAAAAUAAGGGAUUUGGGAUAGGCAGUACUAGGAGAUUUGUAAUGAGUGUUGCCCAACAAAUACACAAUCCUGCAUUCUUACAAAUAUGGCAUGAUAAUUCUGGUAAAGGUGGUGCUGCGUCAUGGUACCUUAAUAAAGUCCUGCUAGAAGAUGUACAGACAGAGGAAAGAUACCUGUUCCUGUGUAACGAGUGGCUGUCAUUGGACCAUGACGAUGGUAAAAUACAGAGUAUCAUCCCUGUGGUGGAUACAAAAGAGACAAAACAGUUUUCUUUUCUUUUCAACGAGCAGACAAGGGAAAAUACAACUGACAGCCAUCUUUGGUUGUCAGUUGGACUUCGCCCAGAACCAAGUAAUUUCUCUCGACUACAAAGAUUAGCUUGCUGUCUGACACUUCUGUUCCUUACCAUGAUAUCUAAUGCUAUGUUUUAUGGUCAGGGUACAAAGUCCAGCCAGGUGUCAUUAGGACCUCUCAACUUCAGUUUAGCAGGGAUUUAUAUAUCCUUCAUCAGUUUGUUUUUAACAAUUCCAGUGAUGUUGAUGAUAACAUAUUUAUUCAGAAAAUCUUGUCACUUGAGGAAAGACACAGCCAUAUCAGACAUGGAGAGAUUGACAAUAGUUAAUGGUGGACAUGAACGUACAUUACCAUGGGGAUGUCAGAUCAUAGCCUGGGCUUUAGUUGUAUCUGCUGUAGUCCUAUCUGGAUUCUUUGUUAUAUUGUAUAGUAUGGAAUGGGGCAAGACUAAGUCAGAAGAGUGGCUUCUGUGUUUUUUCCUCUCAUUCUUUGAAUCUAUGUUUGUGAUGGAUCCAUUAAAGAUAAUUGUGAUAGCUACAGUUUUUGCCUACAUCUCCAGAAGAGCAAAACCAGAGAAGAAUGUUGUAUACAACAAGGAAUUAUUAUUAGAAGAAAUCAAGAAAAAAGCAACUUCACCUGUGUCUUAUUGUAUUGAUACAUUUAGGAAAGAGUCUUCUCCAUUGAAUCCAGAGAUUGUUUCCAAACUAAAGGUACAGCGAAAGGCAGUAUUAAAGGCUGAGCACAUCUUUACAGAGUUAAUACUGUAUGCUGUAUUUCUUACUGUGUUUUACCUGAUCAGCUUCAGUAACCGUGAUGUACAAUGGUAUUACUCAAAACAACAUAUUGAACAACAAUUAGUUGUCAGUAACAAGGACAUUACAUCAUGGGAUACAAUCAGAUUUGAAAAUAUAAAAUCAACUGCAGAUUUUCACAGCUGGCUGAGUGAUACACUGGUGCCCUUUGUGUUUCCAAAACAAUCUUACUACGCACACAACCUGACAGCCUACUACAGACAAUACCUACAGGACCAGGUCAACUUUAGAUUAGGACCAAUCAGAUUACGGCAAGUCAGAGCUGUGGAAAUCAACUGUCCUGUACAGUUUUGGGACAAUGAUAUAACUUGCUAUGAUAAGUAUUCACUGGUGAAAGAAGAUGACAGAAGUUAUUGUGUUGGUUGGGAGAGUGGACCAUGUGUCAGAGAUGAGGCUGUCUAUAAUAUAACAUCAGCAGCAUGGAAGUUUUCCUCGGCAGUAGAUAUCUGGGGACUCCCCACUACAGGACAACAUUCCACAUAUAGUGGGGGUGGAUAUUUAGCAGACUUUGGUGUUAAUAAUGAAAUAUCUCGACAGAUGUUGAAAGACUUAUACAAAUAUGUUUGGAUUGAUAGAAAAACUCGAGCUGUGUUUACAGAAUUCACAUUGUAUAAUGUUAAUGAGAAUUUAUUUGUAUAUUUAUCCUUUUUAUGUGAGUUUCCCGAGGUUGGUGGUGUUUUACUGACACCAUCCAUUCAAUUUUUUAGACCCUACCAACAUGUCGGUAGUUAUGGCCUCCUGGUGUUUAUCUGUGAGAUUUUUAUACUUUUGUCCUUCAUCCUUUUUAUGGUAAGAAUGAUUAUUACCAUUUGUAAAAAACGUGUCAAAUUCUUAAAAGAGAAGUGGAAUGUUUUUGAUUUAUUCAUAGUUAUAUUAUUUUUCAUUGGUUUUAUUAUGUAUGUGGGUAGAUGUGUAAUGAUUAACAAAAGCAUGGAUGCUUUCCACAAAAAUAUGUACAAAUUUGUAAAUUUUGGUCACCUAGCAACAUGGGAUGAAAUGUUAAAUGUUGUCAUAGCAAUAUUGAUUUUUUUAACAACAAUUCGUUUAAUGAGAGUUUUAAAUUAUAGUACACGAGUCACACAACUGGCUACAGUUUUGUCACAUGUCGCUAAGGAUUUAUUUGGUUGUUUUAUAUUGUUUUCCAUUGUUUACAUGGCAUUUGUAGGGUUCGGCCAUCUUAUUUUUGGAAGACAUUUAGUGACUUACAAAACACUGUUAGUGUCCGUGACAACCAUUACUAAUGCCAUCAUUGGUAAAAACAGUAUUGACGAUUUAUUUAUAACUGCUCCAGUUCUUGGACAUAUUUACUACUUCCUAUUUGUAUUGUUUGUUAUAUGGAUAUUGAUGACAAUGUUGUGUGCCACACUUAACAUGGGUAUAAGGGAAGUAAGAAGGAAAUCUGUAGCUCUGCCUACACCAUACGGUAUCCUUGACUUGACCUCUAACCUUUGUAAUCAGGUCAUAGCCUCUGUCUUAAUGUUAAAUCCUAAACACCAUUCCGAAUUUAAAGAGAACCAGCCAGUAGGGAAGUUAUCUGGAGUAUUUGAUCAACAGACAAAAGUCUUAGACCUAAAGGAUCUUUUUAUUGACGAGUAUAAUCCAUCACAUAGCUCCCUCUACGACAAACCUAAAAAGACAAAAAUUCUUCUUAAUGCACCCCAAUGUCAUUACAUUCACAAAACACAAAUUUGAUUUUAACAUUUUUUUGUUUGAAAUCAGUAUGGUGACAAGUUUAUAAAAAGGUAUAACCAGUAAUCCUGAUUAACAACAAGGUGAAGGGGAAUCUUAAAUUGUAGUUGUAUGAGUCAAUAUGAUGUGUAUGUAUAUCACUCAAUAUAUUCAUUAUAUUUGAAAGUUAUAAUAAAAAAGGUCAACAUCUUCUUCAUAAUGAUAAAUGUAUUAGUCUGAAUAAGGAAAGACAUCAUACCAGUAAAAAUUGUCACUUUUUAAAUUAUUGACCUUAAUUCAUGAUUUCAUAUGUGGCGCCACCCAUGCCCAUUGGAAUUUAGAUUGUAAAGAACAAACAUGAUAAGUAAAGAACAUUUCAUCAAUCAUAUAUGUGGGUGUAGGGUGGCAUCACUGCUAAUUUAGCAGUAAACAAAUUAAUUUUUAGGAUUUUUAGGGCCAAAAUUAAGAGUUAGUGAACCAACUCUUUUGUGAAAUAUAUCUGUUCUGGUUUAUAGCAUAAAAGUUAAUAAUCAUGUAUAUUUUGUUAUGUGUCUUGAAUGAAAAUUUAACUUGAAGAAAAUUGAUCCAUAAAGAAAUUGUGAUUGAAUCAAACUUUACUUCUUUACUGUACUCAUGUUUAACUGUUUUAUAUUGUAAUAAUAACAUUAGAUGUAUGUUUCAUUAUAAUACGUUAUUCUGAUUGGCUAAUUUCACAUCACAUGUUAUUCCGUAAGCAAUUGCAUGAGACAAUAAUAUUUCAUUCAUGAUGACAUGAGGUCCCACAAUAAAGUGCACAGAUGAAUUUAAAAUUAAACUUGAUGAAAAUCGUGUUUUUAUAAUCCUAGCUAAAAAAUGUAAUUAUAAGUAUUGAAUGCUUCUUUUUGUAACUUUAUAGGGUUGUAAAAGCGUUGACCGUGCGUACAUUUUUAGAAUGAAGCGCUUC